AUGAGGUCUUGUGGAAUCAGAUUGUCAAACCUCCUGAUAUUUCUUUUGAUGCAGUUACGAACUACCACUCCCAAUGAGUUCUUGUUGGAAUAUUAUGACCUUAUGCAUGAGUUUAUGACUGCUGUGAAGCAAAAUUACGGGGAAAAAGUCCUUGUGCAGUUUGAAGACUUUGCAAAUGACGAUGCUUUUGAGUUACUUGCUAAAUAUGGGACAACUCAUCUCGUUUUCAAUGACGAUAUACAGGCAGGAACUGGUAUAGCCCAGCUAAUAGCUCUUGAGAUGUCAAAGCAGACCAAGGCACCCAUAGAAGAGAGUCGCAAGAAGAUAUGGCUUGUAGACUCAAAGGUGAUCAAGCCAACAGUUUUGAUUGGAUCAUCAGGAGUGGGAAGAACAUUUACAAAGGAAGUAGUUGAGGCUAUGACUUCAAACAAUGAUAAACCUCUCAUUCUGGCUCUCCCCAAUCCUACCUCACAGUCUGAGUGUACAGCUGAAGAGGCUUACCAGUGGAGAGAGCUUGCUGAAUAUUUUAGAAGGAUUUGUGCGUUUAAAAGAAUUGUUCAUACUUCAUACAGACAUCUCGUUGUUAAACUCUGA